AUGGACCACAGCACGAUCUUGUAUGAGACCCCAACCCUCCACCCGCUGCUUCGGGUGGCGUGGAAUCAGCAGGACGCGAAUUACAUCUCAACGUUUGGGAUUGAGGGGUCCGAUGCGGUGGUGAUUGACGUGCGGUAUCCCUCCGUCCCCGCCUCGUUGCUUUCCUCGCGCCAUCGCUUGCCGAUCAACGGGAUGGCGUGGUCGCCGCAAUCGGCGCAGAAUAUUUGCACAGUUGGGGAGGAUGGCGUGGUGUGCAUCUGGAGUGCAAACGGGGAGGUGGGGGACUCGCUUUUUCAGUAUACCUGCGGGGUUCCCAUUAACAAUGUGGCGUGGCGAAACACCAAUAAGGAGGAUUGGAUAGCAAUCACAACAGGUGAGGGGGCUAAGCUAUUGCGACUUUAA